AUGGGUACGAGCCAAGGAUGGAAAGCUGAAUUUUCUAUUAAGGAUAUAUUUACCACAUGUCGGGAUUUUUAUCAUAAUUAUGCUUACUUUAUAGCCACAUAUAGAGAAAUAAACAAGAAUAUAGGUAAUGUUUGCAAUAGAAUUCGUGAUAAAUAUGGUCGUAAUCAUGAUGGGAAUAAUUCUUUUUUUGGGCCUUGCACGAAACUUGCUUAUUAUUUGCACAGAAUAAAACCCAUAAAAGAAAAUGAGAGAAUACAUUAUUGUAAUUUUUUUAUGUAUGAACUAAAUCUUGAAGUAAAGAAUAAAGUUAAAACGGAAUAUAGUAUUGAUACGGUUCACGAUGCAUUGGUAAAAGAAUAUCAAGGUGUAGGAGUAGAUGUACGUGAUGUAUGUAAAGGAUAUGUAUCAAAAAUGGAUGAUGAUGUAAUUGAUAUUUUUACAAAGUUUCAUGAUUUAUAUUUUAAUUUUAAAUAUUUAAAAAUAAAUUAUAAUAAUAGACUUAGAAUAGAUGAAUACGUUAAUAAAUGUGUAAACAUAUAUGAGGAAAUUAUUAGAAAAGAAAAAAAAGCAUAUAACAAUUUUGUUCAGAAAGAACUGGAUAUAUUUAAGCGUGAAUUCCAUAAAUACAAGCAAAAAAAUCCUUUCAAAUGUGACGAUAAAUUAAUGAAUCAUUCCUUGAUAAUACCACCAGUAAACGAAUCCUAUGCAUUGAUAGGAGAUAUUGAUUCUCCAGUGACGUGGACAAGCACGGGUGUUUUAUUUUUUGCAAUAUUAAUAAUUAUAUUCAUCUAUACUGCUUAUGGUUCAUACCUACGACCAGGGAAAAGAAAGUUAAAAUAUAUGUGGAAUAGGAAAAAUAAAAAACAUUACGAAUUAAUGAAUUUAUUUGAAGAGUCACAAAAAAAUAUAAUUCAAAAUAAACACAAUAUAUUAUAUAACUCAGUAGACUAG